AUGGCGGAAACUCGCGCAGAGACAUCGGAGGGACCAAAUCCCGCUUCAGAUAGCAUUGCCCGUUUGAGGGAGAUCGCAGGCAACCAUCUCCAGGAAAUCGAGCAGGAAAACGAACAGGCAGAUAAGGACGAAGCCAGGAAAAUCCAAGAUCUCGAGCGUUACACCAAGCGGAAACGCGGGAAGGAUGGCAGCAUGCCCAGUUCAAAUAGCACUCCGACUUCACGAAUGAGGACGGCUCAAGAUGUUCUACACCGCCUCCAAUGGGACAAGGAUCUUGAUAUUUCACAGUUCAAGGUUGGUUAUCUCGAGAGAUUUGACGGCAUCAAGGAAACACCCGCCAGGAACUGGAUCACAGAGGUCACGGAAGAAGACUGGAUCCCGCAACACCGCAUCAAGUAUUUCAAACGCGUUAGCAAGGACGGGAAUUCCGAGGUUGUAUGGGAUCGUGACCAGCGGAUAGACAAGAUAUUUGGCAGUGGUGAGAACGGCGCAGCAGAAGAUGACCUUCGGUCUGAGGACGGCGGCGUGGAUCUGAGAAGUUGA